AUGCCAGAUUCCGUUGCCUCUGCGUCACCUCUAUCAUCGCCUCCACUGUCUCGUCCGCACAGCGUAACCGGCCAUCACCACACCGAACACCACCCCCAUUUUCCGUUCUCUCAUCCACAUCCGCACCCGCAUCCGCACUCUCAUCCACUCAACACCCACACUCCUCGCACAGGUUCACCACUUGCUCGCCGCACCGAAAGUCCGGGAAACCGUGUGCAGUUUGCAGACGAUCCUGAUCAUCCUCGUUCCCCCACCGUUGAGCGCGCUAACCACCCUGGCCGUAUCAACGAUAUGCCAACAGGAAGUUUGAGCGCAGCCAUGGCCGCACGGGCUGGUUCGCCGUCUAUCACCUCUCCACCGGCCCAGCAACAACAACAAGGCUUGCCUCCCCAACGGCGUCUCUCAUCGCGACGUGGGUCGAUGGCAGCUGUGGAUCCUUGGGGAAAGCACUAUGACGAGGAAAAUCAACCCCGCAGUAGCACUUCUCGGCUCACCAUCGUCCGAGUGCCCAGCACCAACGCUGUUGUCGAAGAAGAUCCACAUGGUCAUUCGUCCUCACCUGGUCCAUAUGGCGGCUCCAGGUCAUUCCGUGAACGCUCUCACCAACGCCGCUCUUCCUGGGGAGCUAAUUCUGGCUCGGAUGGAGAAGGAGAACGCAAACGCUCGCGUAUGAGCUUUGCAUUCUCUUCGUUUACUCCGAUUUCUCCCACCCCAGCAUCAGCUCGCCAAGGCCCUCCUCAGCGCACGGGCAGCCCGGGCAUUGGAUCUGGCUUUGCUGCCUCAUUUGGCCCGGCCCAAGGCAGAGCGCGCACCCGCUCCACCGGAUCUUCUGGCGGUGUCGACCUUUCCUCUCAUAAUCCGACCCAAGAUCGGUCUGGAGCCCGCCAACCCCAGCUUUCGGCCCAGCAGCUCUAUGAUCUUGCAAUGUCAAGCCGCGAUCCAGCGGCCCCCCACAGCACACCUGUUCAGGGAGUAAGCGCGGCGGUUGAGCCCGCCCAUUUCACUGCGUUGCCAGACGGAGAGAUCUUGCCUUUCUUGGAUCGUCCGGGAGAGGUCGAGGCCUUGAUUAAUACGCCCGGAACCCAAAGCUACAAGUUGUUCGCAUUGCUGGGCAUACUCUUUCCUCGCCCUAAGGAGGAAGAUUCGCCCAAGGAAAUAAAAGAUGAAUCAAACAUAAAGACCUCGGCUGCCAAGAUCGAGCCUUCUCAGCCGAUGUGGCCACUCUUCCCAGGUGAAGAGCGAGAUAGCAAAUCGAUCAAUGCUGCUCAGCCUCCUUCUCCUGCCCCAGUCCCGCCGAGCAAAGCUGCUCCUGCCCAACAUCCGCUGGGACUUCCAUCUCAGCCUACCCAAUGGACUUUUGCACAGCUUCUUACUCACCUGACGCAAACGACGCGCGAGCAACUUCCAGACAAGGAAUGGGUAUUAUUCGCGCGGGCCUGUAUUCGAACUCGCAGCGAGGCACUAUGGGAGCGUGUUAAAGGAUGCUUGGGCGUUCCCAAUGAUAUCUACGAAGACGAGGACAUUGAAGAUGAAGACGACGACGAAUCACAUGUGGGCCCCGUUGGUAUCAGUGACCUUGCCAAUUUGAGCCCUGUCGCGAGGUUCAAAUCUUUCCGCGAUGCUGAUCAUGCGGCUGUUGGAAGUGACCAUGCAGUGUCUGACGAAGAGCACGAGCCCGAGGCUUGGAUCGAGCCUGUCUUUUCCGGUGGCCCUGGAUCGGCCCGUGGGAGUGUGUCCAAUUCACCCACUGCUUAUUUCUCAGGCGUAACCGGUCUGGGUGGAGGACGAGGUGACUCGAAGAGCUGGGCAGGAAGCGUGAGUGGGCGGAGCGAUGGUGGACGAAUGGAACUCAUUGGCGAAGAGGAAGAAGAAGAGGAAGGAGAGGGCAAUAAAGACAAGAAUAGCACUGGCGCCGACAAGACACCCGAGCCCGAAUCGCCGGUCGUCGGCCUGCGUAUUAUGACUGCACCCAUGUCCCCCGGAUUCCAUCCUGGACAUACUCCUGCGAGCAAUGCCGGAAUGGGAAGCGGUACUGUUUCGCCCGCACCUGUGACCGGUGAGACGACUCCUAGUGGUGCAGUGCCUAUUCCGGCUCCCAGCAGCGGUGCGGCAUCCCCAACGCCCGCCUCGCCCAGUCCAUCGAUCCAUCAGUUCCUUGGACCCCCGAUGCCAAACCGGGGUGGUGGUGCUUGGAUUUCGCCACUCUCGAAUACCAUCAGCACGGGCGGAAGGGGUUUGAGUGGAAUGGGUGCGCGCAGCGGAGCUGGCUGGAACUCGCCGACGAGCGGGGGCGGACGGAACUCUCCUAUCAGCAGUGGAGGAGGAGGCGGGGGGUGGAAUUCUCCUUUGAGCCGCGGUAAUCGGGGUAGUCGAGGCGACGCAUGGAAUCCGGCUACCGAGCGUGGUCCUGGUAAUCCCAUCUUCCCGAGCAGCUUUGCGAGGUUGAGUUUGGGUCCUACGUUGAUUGCCAAUAACCCGAAUCUUCGAAACGGUCCUCCAGCCUCGGCAUAUCCCCCAUUCCGCUACUUGCGUGAGCGUUACAAGUGGGCCCGUCCUGGAAGCGAGAACGAUUUCGCGGUUACGAUUGCCAGUGAAUCAAGCGACGCGGGACGAUAUUAG